GGUUAAGUUGUGAAAUGUACCCCUUAUGUGGAUAUAUGUAUGUAUAUAGACGAAAUAAGAUAUAUACACUUAUUUCGUCUUAAGCAUGCACGAAGAUUUAUUCGAAUAAUUGAAAAAUCUUAUCUAUUAAUGGUCAAAUGUGCGUGUCAUCAGGUGAUUGCGUACUACGGAGAUCGCAAUAACAACAUUUAACGCAAGGUUUUCGAUUUGUUUGUCACCUGAACGGGUAUCGUAAAUAUUAAGGUUAACUCAGAAGUGGUAAAUUAAAGUGACAAAAUUUCAAUGUGAUUAAAAGCCCAAUUAGAGGAAUCGUUUGGUAAACGAUGCGCUUGCAUUUUAAUAUCUGUGUGAUAAUUUCGUUGUUUUGUAUCAUACCUGUGAAACCGUGGCACUACGCAAACAAACAAAUAUCCCCCGUUAUACUUGUUCCAGGUGAUGGAGGCAGUCAAGUCGAAGCGAAACUCAAUAAAACAAUCACGGUGCAUUAUUUGUGCGAAAAGGUAUCCACAGAGUAUUUUAACAUUUGGUUGAACCUGGAAUUACUUGUACCGGUUAUUAUAGAUUGCUGGAUCGAUAACAUGAAAUUAAUUUACGACAACGCGACGAGAACAACAAGAAAUCAAGACGGCGUCGAUAUACGUAUACCAGGCUGGGGUGAUCCGUUCUACGUUGAAUAUUUGGACCCGAGCAAAGCUUCUCCCGGAGUAUAUUUUAAAGAUAUCGGUAACAUGUUGGUCGAUCAGCUCGGAUACGUUAGAAAUCAAUCUUUGCGUGGAGCACCUUACGACUUCAGAAAAGGACCCAAUGAAAACGACGAAUUUUUCAAUAAACUAAAGACAUUGGUUGAAGAAACGUACAAUGCGAACAAAGAAGUUCCCGUGACAUUGAUAGCUCAUAGUAUGGGUGGACCUAUGACGCUCAUAUUCUUACAACGUCAAAGUCAAAAGUGGAAGGACAAAUAUAUAAAUUCUCUGAUUACGCUUUCAGCUGUUUGGGGUGGCAGUGUCAAGGCUGUUAAAGUCUUCGCUAUUGGGGAUGAUUUAGGCGCGUACGUUCUACGCGAAGCUACUUUGAAAGACGAACAAAUAACUAGUCCUAGCUUAGGGUGGCUGUUACCAUCGAAAUUAUUUUGGAAAGAGACAGAAGUAUUGGUGCAAACCGAACAGAAAAACUACACGUUGUCCACCUUAAAAGACUACCUAAUAGAUAUAAAUGUUCCAAAUGCGUGGGAAUUCAGGAAAGAUAACGAAAAGUACCAACUAAAUUUUGCUGCUCCGGGUGUCGACGUACAUUGUCUAUAUGGGAGUGGUAUAGAUACAGUGCGAAAAUUAUACUAUAAACCUGGCACGUCGAUAGAAAGUACGCCUCAAUUAGUUCCCGGCGACGGUGAUGGCACUGUAAACAUAAGAAGUCUGGAGGCAUGCAAGUACUGGACGACGAAACAAAAACAAAAAAUUUAUUCCCAAGAGUUUCCCGGUAUAAAUCAUAUGGACAUUCUUCGAAAUAUUAAAGUUUUAAAUUACAUCAAAACAGUUUUACAAGUGUGAUUGUAUCAUCCAGGCUAAAUUCGCAAAUUGAAAUAAUAGAAGACUAAUGUACCAUGAUUACAAAAAAUAGUACUGUCCCUAUGUAUAGUGUAUAGAUAUUUGUAUUAAGUAAAGUCGAAUGUACAUAAUUAAUGCUAUAGAAUCCAAUUCUUAUCAGGAUUAUAUAUAGUUAGAAAGUAAUCGAUGUAUUUCCUACUUGUUUCGUACAUUUCAAGGUUUGAUAUUCUUUUUGCAUUUUUAUAUGUUUUCUUUGAUAUUGUAAAUAUA